UCUCGGUUCCCUGCACACAUCCACCUGCUUUCGGUGAACCAAUAGGCGCUCGCACGGAGACAUUUCAAGUAUAAAAAGGUUACGCGUAACUGUUGGUUACCACUGAAAGAAAGACAAAUCGCAAAUCAUCAUGUCCCAGCGAACGCUCAGACUUGAGAUCGAAAAAACGGCAAAGACGACAUACGUGGUCGGAACGGAGUUGAUGGUGAAUUUAAACAGGUGUGCCCCACAUCAGUCCAAGUUCUUCACUGUAAAAUGCACACCCGAUGUGCAUUUCAAAGUCACUCCCCCGACCAGGGAGGGGAGUUCCCCCUCGAAUGUCCUUGCCCCAAACUCUACCCUUCUCAUCAGCAUGGACGCAGUCAGCAAAACUGCAAAUGACAACAAAUUAUCCGUGAGGUACUAUGGGGAGAAAAUGGAGAAGCUUGGGAACACCGUACUGCAUCUAACAGCCGUUGAGAUAUCUCUGGAUGUAGAUGCCGACCGAGAUGGCAUUGUUGAGAAAAACAGUCCAAACAAGUCAUCAUGGAAGUGGGGUCCUAAUGGCCAUGGUGCCAUUCUUCUGGUUAACUGUGACUCUGAAUCCACAUUCAGGAAGACACCUGACAGCGAGAAAGAAGAGAUAAAUAAAGUGUCAGAUUUAAAGGACAUGUCCAAGAUGGUCUUGCGCAUCAACGGGCCAGCUGACCUUCCGCAGGGCUAUAAACUGAGCAUGCACAUCACACAGACAGAUUCGGAGAGCGUUAGAGUCUUUAGACCACGGACAAUUGGAAAACCACAGGACUUCUGGAAGCACAAACUCCUUAAGUUGUUCCUGAAAGAAUAUCUAAUGGUGGUGGGCAAAGACAAACUGGCAGAGGAAGUGCCCUAUCUAGGUGGCAAAACUGAACUGGAGUUCUUUGUAGAAGGCCUUCGUUUCCCUGAUAAAGACUUUGAUGGCCUCAUCACCAUCAACCUUAGUCUGCUAGAGCCCAGUGAUGAGGGUUUCCCUGGAACGCCCAUCUUUACGGAUAAGGUCAUGUUUCGUGUGACUCCAUGGAUAAUGACCCCUAACACCCUCAAACCCAAGGAAGUGUUUGUAUGCAGCACAAGCGAUAACGAUGCAUUCCUGAAGAGCAUUAAGAACCUGGUGUAUAGCUGUGGCUACAAAUUAAACGUGUGUCAUGAGUACAUGAACCGUGGUGACCGCUGGAUGCAGGAUGAGAUUGAGUUUGGCUACAUUGACUCUCCCCAUCAUAGAUUUCCUGUGGUACUGGAUUCACCUCGUGAUAGAGGACUUCAAGAUUUCCCCUAUGAGGUUCUUUUGGGCCCAGACUUUGGGUAUGUGACGCGUUUCCCAUAUUAUGACGAAGUGAGCAGCCUGGACUCUUUUGGUAAUCUGGAGGUUAGCCCACCAGUCACUGUGAAUGGGAAAAGUUACCCACUUGGCAGGAUUAUCAUUGGAGUGUCAUUCCCUACUACAACACAUGGCCGCAACAUGACCCAAGUCGUCCAAGACUUCCUGUGGGCACAAAAGGUUCAAGAGCCAAUUGCACUCUACUCUGAUUGGCUGACUGUGGGGCAUGUGGAUGAGUUCAUGACCUUUGUCCCAGCGCCUGACCGAAAGAAAUUCCGGUUGCUGCUGGCUAGCCCUGAUGCUGGUUACAAAGUUUUCAAAAAAAUACAGAAAAACGGACAUGGAAAAGCAGAGAUGUUUCCAGGUUUGGAGGAGGCCAUCACUGUAGAUGACAUCCUGAGUGACGAGCAGCUACAGGCUGAAAACAACUACGUGCAGAACUGUAUUGACUGGAACAGGGAUGUACUGAAGAAAGAGCUUGGGUUGGAUGAUGAGGACAUUAUCGAUUUGCCCAUUCUGUUUAAACUGCUUAAAUAUGAAGAAGAGGAAGAGGGAGAAGCCCCACGGGCUGCGGCCUACUACCCCGACAUGGUGAACAUGAUCGUGUUGGAUAACCAAUUAGGCAUCCCAAAGCCUUUUGGGCCCCAGGUAAAUGGCAAGUGUGCCCUGGAGACAGAGAUGCGGUCUCUUCUGGAGCCUCUGGGCCUCAAGUGUACAUUCAUUGAUGACUUUGCCCCCUACCACAAGAUGCUGGGUGAAGUUCACUGUGGAUCCAACAUCCUUCGGGAACCAUCUACUUUUAGAUGGUGGAACCUGGAGCUGUAAGAGAGAGAGAGAAGGAAAAACUAGGCAGAAGAGAGACCUCCAAGUUGUGCCUAUUAUUCUUAAACAGAUGAUCAGAUCUGAUUAAUUCUGGCAAUAAACAAAGCAUACGUGCCUUAAACUUAAAAGUACCAGUAAAGCAAAAGCAAAUGACUUCAAGUAACAUAGGCAAAUCGACAUUGUUCCAAAGCUAUAUACAGUUAUUUUCUUUCGUUGGACACAAAAUAUAUUUUGAAGAAUAUCCAAGCUACUGUUUUCCAUACAGUGAAAGCAUAUAGUGACCAAGGGCUGUCAAGCUCCAAAAAGGACAGAAAAGCACAACAAAAGUAUCUUAGAGUAGUCUAUGUAACUUGUGCGCUACAUUCAAAAGUCUUCUGAAGCUGUAUGAUAGUUUUGUGAGGAAAAGACAAAAAUUCAAGGCGUUAUUCAAUGAAAAUCUUUCCAUCGGGGCUUGUGUUCUAUUCAGAUAUGGUGUGCCAAGAUAAAUCAAGCCAAGUUUGAUGUGAAUGAUAUCAAACUUCAUUGGUUCUUGUGUCUGUCAUUAUUAUCAUCAACCCUGGUGUGAUGUAUUAAAAUGCUGCAUAUUUAAAUUGAACAGGAAUUGAGCUCUGGCGGAUUUUCUGCAAAUACAACAUUUUACGAAUCUCGGAAUAAAGUCAUAUAAAGUACUUUGGUGCUUUUUGCCAUUUUUAGAGCUCAACAGUCCCAGUAUGAAAAACUUGACAUUCUGAAAUCUUUUGUGUGUAAAUGAAAACAGAAUUUUCACUUUUGGGUAAAAUAAUUCUUUAAUGCUUUGUAAAAGCUUCAUGACUCUACUAUUUUUGAAUACUGCAGGAUUUCUAAAAAAUUUAAAGGCUUACCAAAAGUGAAAAAUAAUACAAGUCACUUAAGAGCUCAAAUGUGUUUUCUUUCUUUUUUUGAAUUGCUAUAAUUUUUUUCUUUUAUUUUACUUGAUGCUGUACUGAGUUUCUAAGUUAACUGUGAACCAUAGAAAAAGGACAAUUAAUAAAAAUCUACCACUAUGACAAUACUUUUCAAAAUAUAUUCUGAAAAGGAAUAUUUCGGGUUAAAUACAAGCUAGCUCAGUCAGCAACAUUUGUGCCAUAAUGUUGAUUCCAACAAAAAUUAAUUUAGACUCGUCCCUACUUUUCUUGAAAAAAAAAAAAAAAAAAAAAAAUCGAGGUCACAGUGAGUCACUUACAAUAGAAGUGAACGUGGCCAGUUUUUGGAGGGUUUAAAGGCAGCAAUGUGAAGCUUACAAUUUUACAAAAGCACUUGCAUCAAUUCUUCUGUUAAAACUUAUGUAUUAUUUGAACUGCGAAGUUGUUUAAAUCUGAGCUAUAAAGUUGUUUAAAUAGUUGUUUUGCAUCACGUCGUCAUUGCCAACAGAAAAAAGUUAGAAAGCGAUUUUAUCACACGUUUAACAUUUAUCGGCAGGGCUUUUCACCUUCAUUCUAAGUGUCUCACUGUAACCUCGAUUUUUGCUUUAUUUUUAAGAAAAGGGACAUGAAAUGAAUUUUUCUGUUGAUUGAGCUUAAAUUGUAUUGAACCCGGAAUAUUCCUUUAAGUAUUAAUAAUGCCUUAAUUGCCGCCUUUAUUGGUGAUUUAUUUAUUGGGUGCAUGUCUUACCAUACUCCAUUACACAUUAAAGCAAUAAAUAAACAUUCAAUAAACCCUCUUUAUUAAACAGUCUUUAAUUACAAAAAAAGGAGAAAAUGUUUUAUUUACAUUGGAGCAUUUCCUAAAAGUACCAUUGUAAGCACAUGUUGUAAAAGAGAACACAAUCACAUUAAGCAGUCGGUGCUGUGUUUGGAAUGAGUUUGUGCUUAAAUGGCUCUAGCGUGCGCAAAUUCAGUAUGUGCAGUUCAACCAAUUAGCAAAGACUUUGUGCACUAACACAUGGUGCAUUUCUCUAUCUAUCCUUGUUUUUCUUACAUUUCCUUUCUCCACAAACAGUUUAAUAGGUAAAAUCCCCUGAUAGGCCAAAGGUCUGUUGAGUAGAAGAAUUUUAAGCAAAAGUUUCCAGUGAACUUAGUUUAUUGGUAAUGAGAUACCUCUUCAUAAGAGAAAUUAACUGGACAUUAACCUUUAAAAAAGUACCACAGUAAUAUCAUUUUUGGACACUACCAUGAUGAAAAUAAUUCUUUCAAGUACCUUGAAGUCCCAUGCAAAUGGAAUAUGAAUAUUUAUGAAUAUAGUAAUAAUAAUAUGGUACUACCAUUUGAUACAUUGACUGUACAAUGGUAAAACCACAGUACAAUUACAUAUUAGUUGAUUACAAGUUCUAAAAAUGGCAUUCCCCCCCCCCAAUGAAAACUAUAUGAAUACAAAUAGAUGAAAUUUAGUUUGAAAAGAGAAUAAGUAAAGCAAACCAUCAUUGGUUAACAUUAAGCAUUUCUUCAGUAAGUUCUGACCUAGUGUUUUAUGCCCAUAUCCAUGAACAUAUGCAGGGUUGCCACUAGGGCUGGGUAUUGCCUGGCACCUCACAAUAUGAUACUGUGUUUGCAUUCAAAAGACAAAACUCCCCAGGGAGGCAAAGAGCAAUAUAUGAACUUUCUCACAAUUAGCAUCUCUUACAGAGGCACCACACCCCACUGAGCAAAGAUUGCAAAUUCACACCUCAUUGUUGCUCUUCCACACCUCAAACUCAUAUAAGAUCUGUAUGUCACAAAAUAUCAUAUCUGAUGUAUACAUAUAAUAUAACUAGGCAUGUUUGGUAUCAUUUAAAAGGUCUCAGUGCGACUGGUACUAUGGUCUCAUCCCCACAAUACAGUUUUAAGAAUGUAGACAAAUUCUGGCCACUGCUUGGGGGUGCGCCUCCCUCCUUGGUCUUUCAAAUAAAUUACCUCCUAUAUGCAGAUAAAGUAUGACCCCCGGACUUCUAAACCUGACCACUCCCAAAUUCCCUUUGUUUAUGUUUUCUCUGGUUUGGGUAUUUAAGGAAAUGUAACACAUAGUUCAUUGGAAUUUUCUGUAGCCAGAAAUCCCAGUGGUGCUUAUACUACGUAUUCUGCUGAAGUCAGGUAUGCAUCUGUUACUCUUAAGAUUCAUCUAUAAGCAUUAGAUGUUUUGUAUUGAUUAUUUCUGAAUUAUGUAAUUGGCUUGAUACAUAUUCACCUGACUAAUAAAUUGUUAAACUUGAUUCUAUUCUGACUUAUUCUGAAUUUAUUGGCUUUAGUAGAUAAUAUUAAAUUCCUGUUACCGCAAAUCUGUGAUCAGGGUUAAUACAUACUAAGACCAAGAAUUUGAUGGAGCAUGAAGCACAUCAACUGGGAUCUUAAGCUUUCUGAUUAACCAUUUGGCUUUAGUUAAGUGUAAUGGACUGUAAAGGCUAAAGAAAGUACUAUCUGGCACAAUGUAAUUUUGAUCGACCAGUCCAGAUAGCACUAGUCAUGACCCCUGUUUAAUGCUAAUAUUAUUCUAGUCAAGUGUAAUAGGAAACUAUAGAACUAAACAAAACUACUAUUUGGGUAAUGGUAUGUUGGUCAGCCUUGUCCAACUAGUAUUAGUCAUUUACCUCUGUCUAGAGAUAAUAUUACAUUAAUUAAGUGUAUACAGAUCUAUAGAAACUAAGCAAAACUACUAAUUAGAAAUAGAUAAGCUGCGGUAGUAAUCUUUUUUUUU